UUCCAAUUUUGCUCACACACCCAACUUUGAAGUCUUCGGCAUAUAAAUUUCGCCCCAGAACUGCCGCCUUUCCAUGCAAUCAUGAUUUUGCUGGAAAUACAGAAUCGUAUUGUAGAAGAAACACUCACACUGAAAAUCAAGAAUGCCUUAGAAGGUGGUAAACCUGAAGCUAUUGACAUAACUAUUGCAGAUUUUGAUGGUGUCUUAUAUCACAUAUCAAAUCCUGAGAAUGACAAGUCCAAAGUCAGAGUCAGCAUAUCAUUGAAGUUCUACAAGGAAUUACAGGAACAUGGAGCUGAUGAGUUGAUAAAGAGAGAGUAUGGGUCCCUGCUGGUGCAAGGAGAAGAUGGGUACGAUGUGUCGUUGCUUUUUGAUUUGGAGAAACUGCCAGAUGAUUGGGAGGAAGCCGUACAGAAGGCUGGACUUCUCAAGAGAAAUUGUUUUGCAUCAGUGUUUGAAAAAUAUUUCGCUUUUCAAGAAAAAGGAGAGACUGGAAAUAAGCGAGCUGUGAUACCAUACAGAGAUGAUGAAACCAUGUAUGUGGAAGCGCUAAAAGACAGAGUCACCGUGAUAUUUAGUACGAUUUUUAAAGAUGAUAGUGAUAUAAUUAUAGGCAAAGUAUUUAUGCAAGAAUUCAAAGAGGUACGCAGGAAGCAUCAACAAGCACCACAGGUGUUAUUCACACAUCGAGAACCUCCUGCAGAGCUCCAAGGCACACAGGCCCGUACUGGAGACAACAUUGGCUACAUCACAUUUGUGUUGUUUCCUCGUCACACAAAGCCUGACUGUCGAGACAAUACAAUCAAUCUCAUACACACGCUGAGGGACUACCUUCACUACCACAUAAAAUGCUCCAAGGCUUACAUUCACUCUCGCAUGAGAGCAAAGACAUCUGACUUCCUCAAAGUGUUAAACAGAGCUAGACCAGAACCUCAGAAGGAUAGAGAAAGGAAAACAGUCACAGGAAAGACUUUUAGGCAGAAUUAAGGUGCAAAGAACAAUGCAGAGAUUGGCGAUAUUCUAAUGUGCAUGAUGAUGAAGGACAAACAGACUUGGUGGGGACUUGGUGUUAUCUCCCUUGCAUGGGAGGUUGACAUGAAUGAGAGUGGGAGCGAGGGUACAUGUGGAAGCUGAUUGAGAUAAUGUGUCUGUUUCUCUUGUUUUACUUGUCUCUUUAGAACAUUCCUUUAUAUGGUAUUAUAAUCAUUCAAAAAUAUUUGUUAUCUCCUGAGUUCUAAAAUAGCUGAAGUGCUAAUGAAAAUGACAUCAGUAUGUAAAGUGUAAGUAUUGCGUUCCUGAGAUUGGAGGAGAAAACUUCCUACCCAAUACAAAUAGAAAGAACUGAUAUCCCAAAGGAUAUACAAAUUUGGUUCUAGGGAUUUCUAUAAUACCCUAAAAAGAUCUAGUGUAAUUAAAAGUUAUUUCAUUAAGAGUGAAAGAAAAUGUGAUAUUUACAUAGGUCCUAACAUAUCUUUAUUACAUAAGACAUCUAUAUACUAGAUGCAUAUUAUUAGAUGUUAAUUUUUAAAUUGUCUGGAAAAUAUAUAAUGUGCUAAUUCCAGGGAUGCAUUUUUGUGAAUAUACUCUUAAGGAUAUCUAGAACAUAUUUGUCAUGCAAGUUAGUAUUGUAUAUAAUAAACAAUAUAUGACAACUAAGCCAGUAUAUUUAGAUCAAGAAAUUAUGAGACGAGAAAUUGGGUGUUAUCUCUUAGUUAUUUCAUAAUUAUUUACAGGAAAUUGUAGCAUUAGUUGUGAGUAGAUGAAUUUGUGGAUGACCUUUUCCAAAACUGAUUGUUUGCAGAUUGAUUAAUAAAGAGAGUAUGUUGGUCUGUUGAUAAGUUACAUUUUUAGACCCGCAUUUCAUAGUCCCUGUGGCAAAAUGAUUUAAGGCAAGGUGUUUUCUUUCACAGAUAUUUCAUAUCAAUGUAUUUUACACCAGUUACACAAAAAUACGCAUUACAGAUAGAACACUCUCUGUACCUGUGUUUUAUUAUUAUUAUUAUUAUUUGCUAUAUGCCAGAGACAUAGUAAUGAGAAAAGAUGAUAUUGUGUGUGAGAAACAUUGUCCCAUUGUUGCAAAAUUGGGUACGAGAAGUUUUUGCAGACAUAACUGAUGAUGAUGUGGGCAAGCUUCUGGCUGCAGUGAAUGUGAUUUACCUUGAUAUCAGUUUCUGAUUAUAGUGUAAUUAAUAUAUGUAUUGGAAUUAAAUUCAUUUUGUUUAAUACUUAAACAAACAUACAAAUCAUAUGUACAAUUUUAUGUUUUUCAAGAUAUGAUGUAUGAUUUUCCUAGCAGAAGGACACUGUUUGUGAUAGACUAGAAGACAUUUGAGGGCUUACUGUAAGACUCUACUAGUACUAACCUGCAGGCAGAUUUAACAAAAUCACAUUAGCCAAACUAUACUUAAUGCUAAAAAUUAAAAAAAGAUAAAAUAUGUAGAGGCUAUGCUUUUUAAGCCAUUAACAAAGGACUAGGCGCUAGUGAAGUAAUCAAGGGAGGUAAUCAAAAUCAACGGUGACUGUUGUAGAACAGUUAUACUUGUGUACAGAAAUUAAACAGCAUUUAUAUUCAACUCUCUGAAGACUUUUAUUGUGUAUGACAAAUGUAAUUCUGAACAGAAUGUUUAUGUUUCAUGUGAAGUUCAGGGGUAUGCAUAGCCAGACCUUAGUUAGUGAUGAGAAACGACACUCGGAAAAUAAACAGAUGUGUGAAGUUACACACAUGACUUGAAAUCGUAUCUAGUGCUAUCUGUGUAUCACAGAAUAAGUUGUCUCAAAAAAAUAUGAUAAAUGGGCAUAUAAAUGGGUUUUGUUUUGAACUUCUAGUUGGAACAUUUUUCUGAAACUCAAAUUUGAUCUCGAGGGUUCAUUUUAGGAGAGAGUUUUUUCAGUGUCCAAAAAAGUCUCUGUCAUGUUAGUAUUUUGGAAAUAUAGGGAAAAUAGUCUUGUUUAAAGUUUUUAAAUGGUGUCUGAACAAAAUAGGAGAGGCAACUGUUCUGAGAAAAAAACCACCUUGUGCCAUAACGGAACCUCAGAUGUUACUGCCAGGAUAGAUUGAUUGGUUUAAUUUCUAGUUUGUCUCUUUGUUUUUAAAUAUGGAAUGAUGCAAGUAAGAGUGUUUAAAAGAAUACAUGCAGGUCUUUAGUGUCAGGUUUUACAUGUACAUUUUGAAAUUCUUUCUUUUGGUAUUCCUUCUGUAUAAGCAUUUCAUAAUCCUGUUGAGACAUUAUUAUUGAACAUUUUCAAAAAUUAAUCAACAGUGAUUAUUUGAAAUCACUGAAAUGAUUGCCAGAGUAGACAGUUUGUUCCUGAAAUUUCAUCCAUUGUUAAAUAAGAUGAAAUUUCAUUAAUUGAAAGCUGAAAUGAGAUUACAUCAAUUGACUGUUGAAAUGAAAUUUCAUCUAUUGACGAUUGAGUUGAAUUUCAUUAAUUGACAGGUGAGAUGAAAUUUCAAAAAUUGACUGUUGAAAUGAGAUUUAAUCAAUUGACAGUUAAAGAAAAAUUUCAUUAAUUGAUGGUUGAGACAACUUUCAUUAAUUGACAGUUGAGAUGAAAUUUCAUUAAUUUGCAAUUGAGAGGGAAAUUAAAAAUUUGACAAUGGGUAUGUUAAGUAUGUCUGUUUGUUGGAAAGGUGGUUCAUAGUAAGAGAUGAAGUGCUAUUAUUACAUAGUUCUUCUUUGUUCUAACUUAUACUGAAAUUGUACAAACUUUUGUAUUAUCUCCAUAAGACUGAGCUUCGUUCAUACAUAAUAUGCUAAUCAAUCAGUCUCAUUUUAUUUCAAUAAUAAAUUUAUGAUAUUCUC